CCCCACACCCAGCUCGGAGCAGGAUAUAUAGAGUCACGUUUGGGAGCCCGGAGAGCAGAGGCGCGGUGCCCAGCAGCUCCAGAGUCCCCGCGUGCCCGGGAGGACCGUGACCGCCGGCCGCCCGCAGCGAAGCAGCAGGACCCUCUUCCCGGAAGCACACAAGGAAAGCAGGAGCCAUGUCCAUGAUCGCAGCUUUCUAUAGCAGCAAGUCUAUCCUCAUCACGGGGGCCACCGGCUUCCUGGGCAAGGUGCUGAUGGAGAAACUGUUCCGUACUAGCCCCCACCUGAAAACCAUUUACAUCCUCGUGAGGCCCAAGGCCGGACAAAGCCUGCAGGAGAGGGUCUUCCAGAUCCUCAACAGCAAGCUCUUUGAGAAAGUCAAGGAAGUCUGUCCAAACGUGCACGAGAAGAUCAGGCCCAUUUCUGCAGACCUCAACCAGCGCGACUUCGCCAUCAGCAAGGAGGACAUGCAGGAGCUGCUGUCCUGCACCAACAUCAUCUUCCACUGUGCGGCCACAGUGCGCUUCGAUGCGCGCCUCAGAGAAGCUGUGCAGCUCAAUGUCACCGCCACCCAGCAGCUCCUGCUAAUGGCCAGCCAGAUGCCCAAGCUGGAGGCCUUCGUCCACAUCUCUACCGCCUUCUCCAACUGCAACCUGAGCCACAUAGAUGAGGUCAUCUACCCGUGUCCUGUGGAGCCCAGAAAGAUCAUCGACUCCAUGGAGUGGUUGGAUGACGCCAUCAUAGACGAGAUCACCCCCAAGCUGAUUGGGGACCGGCCCAACACCUACACCUACACCAAAGCCUUGGGAGAGAUCGUGGUGCAGCAGGAGAGCGGAAACCUGAAUGUGGCCAUCGUCAGGCCGUCCAUAGUGGGAGCAACCUGGCAGGAGCCGUUCCCGGGUUGGGUGGAUAACUUAAAUGGCCCCAGCGGACUCAUUGUUGCGACUGGGAAAGGAUUUCUUCGCUCCAUAAAAGCGACUCCCAUGGCGGUAGCAGACGUGAUUCCGGUUGACACGGUCGUCAACCUCACCAUAGCCGUGGGGUGGUACACGGCGGUGCACAGACCUAAAUCAACAUUAAUCUACCAUUCCACAUCUGGUAAUCUCAAUCCAUGUAACUGGUAUAAGAUGGGGUUACAGGUCUUGGCGACCAUGGAAAAGAUCCCAUUUGAGAGUGCUUUCAGAAGGCCGAACGCUGAUUUUACCACCAACAGCUUCACCACGCAGUACUGGAACGCUGUCAGCCACCGCGCCCCCGCCAUCAUCUAUGACUUCUACCUGAGGCUGACCGGGAGGAAACCCAGGAUGACGAAGCUCAUGAACCGGCUGCUGAAAACCAUUUCCAUGCUGGAGUAUUUCAUCAACAACAGCUGGGAAUGGAGCACAAACAACACAGAGAUGCUUCUGUCAGAGCUGAGUCCUGAGGAUCAGAGAGUAUUCAACUUUGAUGUGCGUCAGUUGAACUGGCUGGAAUACAUUGAAAAUUAUGUCCUGGGCGUGAAGAAGUAUCUACUGAAAGAGGAUCUGGCUGGUAUCCCCAAAGCGAAGCAGCACCUGAGAAGGCUCCGGAACAUCCACUACCUCUUUAACACGGUCCUGUUCCUCAUCAUCUGGCGCCUCCUCAUAGCAAGGUCUCAGGUGGCCAGGAACGUCUGGUUCUUCAUUGUGAGCUUCUGUUACAAGUUCCUCUCGUACUUCAGAGCCUCCAGCAUGCUGAAGGCCUGAGACCACUCCACUAGCCCGUCAUCUGGACCUCAGAUACCUCUAAGGCAGAAAACUGUCUUACUCUAGAAAGUAAAGAGAAGCAUACCCAAGCUUCCAGUCAAACUUGCCAUCCAUCUCCUCUCCUUCCUCCCUGUGUCUGUGGGGUUUCUAGGGUUUGUUCAGUGAGGAGUCAGCCUCUAGCUGUAUACAAAGACACAACUUCCACCUCCCAUCCUGAUGGCCCCACUGUCCACAUCACACGAGCAGGAAGCACCCUCUCCCUAACCUUAGCUUUCCCUUCGAGACAAAACAAAGUUCAGCUCAGUGAGCAUGAAGCCCGCACGGCAGAGCCGAAGCAGGCUGGGGAAGCAGCCCUCGGCACUGAGGCAAAAGCUCACAGCCACUGUGAACGAGGGGACUCAAUGUCCUCAUGGUCCACAGAAGUGGCCUCUGUCCCAGCUGACCUGGGGGGGGGAUGGAAACAGCGGGCUCAUGUCUGCCAUUUCUCACCAUGUCCACAUCUUGGCCCUGAAAGGAACAAACAGUGUAGGUACUCACCGAGGAAGAACUAAUGAGCAAGGCCUAGGGCGUCUCAUCCGAGUCGGUUCUUAUGGUUCUGACAUGAUCCCUCACGUUUACUCUCCACUGUCCUGACAACCCUCUCCUGUUCUCAUUUAUCCAUGUCGCCAAAGCCCUUCUUCAGGCCUCAGUCAGAAAGGCUGAUGGGGAGGCAAGUUCCCAGACUACAACCACAGAAAAAACCCCUGAUCUUUGCCAGUGAGGAAAGCAAAACUUCAAAUAAAAAUUGAAGUUCUA